AAGCAACGGAGCACGACGUGAGAGAGAUUGUGAAGUAAGUAGAAAUCGGUGCAAGAAAUUCUCCGCUUUAUCUACAAAAUUUAAGUGAGUUUGUGAAGACAAAAAAUCACUAGCUACUAAAAAAUGGCCACAGUUGGAAGGAACGCAGCAGCUCCAUUGCUGUUUCUUAACUUGAUCAUGUAUUUUGUUGUUCUUGGCUUUGCUAGUUGGUGCCUCAACAAGUUCAUCAAUGGCCAAACUUACCACCCUAGCUUUGGUGGAAAUGGUGCAACUAUGUUUUUCUUAAUCUUCUCCAUACUAGCAGCCGUUUUGGGCAUAGUGUCCAAACUUUUGGGUGCGAAUCACAUUAGGACAUGGAGGAGUGACAGUUUAGCAUCUGCAGGAGCCACAUCAAUCGUUGCUUGGGCAGUCACUGCUCUAGCAUUUGGGUUGGCUUGCAAGCAAAUAAACAUAGGAGGGCACAGAGGGUGGAGGCUGAGGGUAGUGGAGGCUUUCAUAAUAAUACUCACAUUGACACAGUUGUUGUACCUGAUACUGAUCCACGCAGGACUAUAUAGCAGUAGGUAUGGUCCCGGGUACCGUGACACUGACUAUGGUAAUGCUCAUGGUGUGGGAGGGACUACAGGAGAGCCAAUGCACAAGUCUGCUGCUGCUGGAACUCGUGUCUAAGUACCACUGCACUGCACUGCACUACCUUAUUGUUAAUUUCUUCAUUUCAAUCAUGUUCUAUUUUACCUUUUGGAGCUAUGUUUAUCUUUUUAUUGUCUUUGGUUCGACUUGGAUGGUGUAAUGUCUUCUUACGCAUGAUGGUCACUUUGUAGCAUGACAUUGUGUGUAUACGUAUAUGAAUGGCUGAAAUUGAUUUUGUAUCAGCCCUCUAUCAUCUGUGUCUAUGUUUGGGUUCCACUUCUCAGACAUGAAUUUCUCAUGUUUACUGAGAAGUUAAUAAAUUUCUAAGACGUAACCUUUUACUUCUCAA